AUGCAACUCAUCAAUAAUGACACCAGUUGCACAUCACCGGUAUGUUAUCUGCCGCAUCAUGGAGUUUGGAAGGCUUCCAGCUCAACAACGAAAUUGCGCGUCGUGUUCAAUGCGUCAAAAAGAUGCAGCGCAGGUAAAUCGUUAAAUGAUUGUUUAUAUCCUGGUCCCAAAUUACAAAAUGACCUAACCGCGGUUGUGCUGAACUGGUGGCGAUAUCGGGUUGCAUUAACAGAGGACAUCACCAAGAUGUACCGCCAAAUCUUGGUAGAUGAACGAGGCGCAGAUCUACAACGUAUUGUGUGGAGUCCAGCUGGUCAGGAGAACCUGUCACAUUAUCGCUUAAACACAGUUACAUAUGGCACUGACUGCGCACCUUAUCUGGCGAUCAAGGUAUUGCACACGUUAGCGGCAGAUGAGCAAGACAAUUUUCCGGACGCCGCUAAGAUACUACUUCAUGAAUUUUACGUUGAUGACGUAUUGACAAGCGCCGGGAUGAACUCCAAACGUUACUGCAAGCAGGAGGAUUCACGUUACGUUAGUGGAAUUCUAAUUCGACUGAAACUAUCCAAACGAUCGAGCCAACUUAUCUUGAAUAAAAAGCAUCACAUGAAUUUCAAGUUAAUGACCAUGCCAACACAUUGGGCUUAG